AUGAGCAACUCAAAUUCUCCUGUUCCAGUUCAUUCAGAAGAAUAUCAAGAUGGGAAACGAAAACGAAUUAAAAAACCGAAAUCUCAAGCAGGCAGUGAAGAUGAAAGUUCUGCGGAGGAGCUGGCAACGCAGAGUCAACCACAAGAUUCAUCCAAAGAAGUUAUUCCAUACUGUGGAUCAGAGGUUAUGGGCAGAGAUGAUGCAACUGCAGAUGUGCCUGAAACGGGUACCUGCCACUUGACUGAACAUCCAAGAUGGUGGAUACGAAAAGAUGAUGAAUUCUUUCAUUUUGUCAUUGUUUGCUUUGCGGUUGGAACCUUAUUAGUUUGCUUUUACAAAUAUAAAGACUGGACAGUUUCUGUUGGUGUUGGUUUGAUUACCUUUGCAGCCCUGGAAACAACUGGAAUAUAUUUUGGCCUAGUGUGUCGUAUUCGUGCUCUCAUGGAUACUUUUAUGCCCCUGCUUAGGAGAGUCAGACUACCUGGUAAUAAGAUAUUCUUAUUGUGCUUUCACCCAAUUCCACAAUACAUCUGA